AUGAUUCAACCUCGACUGCGUGGCCCAAUGAGGGCUCUUGAUACCCUCUUUUCCCCGUCCGCAUCCGUGCUCGGCACCCAAAAACCCACACGGUCACUAUCACAGCUCUCAUGGAGAACAACCACAACUAGCACUACCAAUAAUGCCACGUUUUCUCCCAGCCCCUCCUCUCGUCCCUCCAUCCUCCAGCAACAACACCAAUUAUACCAAUCCUUCACUGCACCUCCACAUUCCCAGCUCCAAGUCCGAUAUGCUUCUCACGCCAGCCAGGGCCGCGCCAACAAUGGCACAAAAAACGGCCCAGGCAAACGCCUCGGCGCCAAAAAAUCCGGUGACCAAUUCGUGAUUCCCGGUAACAUAAUCUUCCGCCAACGGGGCUCCAAAUGGUUCCCCGGCGAAAACUGCGGCAUGGGCCGUGACCACACCAUCUACUCCCUCGCCACAGGCUAUGUGAAGUACUACACAGAUCCUGCACGCCAUCCGGACCGCAAAUAUAUUGGCGUUGCCUUCAAUAAGUCCGACACUCUACCCACCCCCAGGAACGCGAUUACGCGGAGACGCUUUGGAAUGCUCGCCGUGCCCAGAGAUGUGGAGAAGGAAAAGGCCAACAAGGCGGCCAAGGAGGCGGAUAUUGCCCCUACGCUUAGACCUGGGUAUAUGUAUCGUGUGGCUAAUUGGCAGAUUGGCCGGGUAGCGGAACGUGCGGGGCGUAAGGUGCCGGAGUGGGAUAAGAGCGAUCGCUUUGCGGCGUGGAGGAGGAGAAUGGAGAGGAGGAAGAUUGCAGCGCAGUUGAAGGAUGCGAAGUCAAAGAAUAAGGGGAAGAAGGCUAAGGCUAAGGCGUAA